UGACAGCUCUGGUUAUUUGAUUGAAUCAAGGUCAAAUUAAGUUCAACCUUUAUGUGAUCGGUGCCAAUUCACUUCCCAGAAUCCGUUCAAUCAAGUCAAGUGUCGCUUCCGAACCAUGCCCAGCGCAGUGCAGCCAUCGUCCCAAAAGGACCUUAUUUAUCUUUCGGACGAACAGAAGAAGGUCACUGUGAACUGGAAGUUGAGAAGAGUUGAAAAGUCAGACUUCUUCGAGAUCAUUACCGUUCCAGUCCAUAUCGUAGAUAAUCACUAUGACGCUCGAGAGGAGAGCAAUACACUUCAACAUGAAAUCGCACCAUUGUGCAGACUGGUGAAAGAGUAUCUUGCUGGGUCGCAACGGAAAGGCGACGCCAUCUUGCAGCUUAUUCUUCCCCUUAGAAGGGGGUUUGGGGCUCGAGGAAAUGCAUUCCGUGACCAACUGAACGUCUACGGCUCAUCUUUAGGAUAUUUGGAUCAUUCCGAGUUCGCGAAAGAGUACCAACCGCCGACCCAGCAGAUGGCAGCCACUCUUGCCGAUAUUAUCCCUUUCAGUGUAUGCACGGUGCUGGUGGAUCCAAGCCUCACUAAUCAAUCUGGGAUACAAUUCAAGUUGUUCGAAAUAGUUUCCUUCCCAUGGAUUAUGCAGGAACAACCGGAAUGGAAAACAUGCGCCCUCGUUCACGGCCGCGACAGCAUCGAGGCCUUCCAGCCCAUUGGGGAAACGGCCCACGAUCUGGGGAUUAAGCUGAUUGUGUUGGAUUCUCCCGGCCAUUGGCUCCUUACGAGUCCCCAGUACAGAAAUCUGUACGAGGAAUUCGAGCCAAUCGAUAUGACAAUCGACGAGGAUUUUCCGCGGAGGAUUGCAAACGCCGUUCAGACGGUGGCCACACGCAGAGGACGUAUUGACGGCAUUUGCACUGUCUCUGAUCGUUGCCUGCUACCUGUUUCCAAAGCCGCCACAGCACUUAAUAUGCCCACCGGUCCACCUUACUCAUUUGCGACUGCCAUCGACAAAGCCGCCAGCCGCCAGCUCUGUGCAGAUGAAGGCAUAUCCUUCCUCUCUGUCCGGCAACCCGCCGAGUUAAGGAACCAUCUCAAAGCUGGCACCUUCCAUGCACAAUACCCGCUCAUCGUUAAGCCUUCCACUGGAUGGAGCUCGGAGCACGUUUUCCGCGUUAAAGACGAGGCGGAGCUUUGCCUGGCCGCAGAACGUGUCGCAACACGGCGCAACACCAAAAUCCUCAUUGAGCCGUUUGUCGACGGGCCCGAAGUGGACGCCAAUUUCGUGCUCUGUGACGGAGAAUUGCUCUUUUUCGAGGCCUCGGACGACUUUCCCAGUCCCGCGGAUGGUCCCGGGGCUGGGAUGGAGUCGAACUUCUUCGAGACCGCUAAUGUACUUCCGUCGGCUUUGCCGCAGGUUGAGGUUGAUCGGAUCCGCGAUCGUCUGUACCGGCUUCUACUCGACAUGGGUUUCCGAACGGGUGUUUUCCACCUCGAGGCGCGGGUGAUCGACUCCUCCAUGGAAUUCGCAGCAGGCCAGGAUGGGAUCCUUGAUCUUCGGCCUCGUUUUGUCACUGAACAACAACCCAGGGACGGGUCAAAUCGUGCGAAGUGUUUCUUGAUUGAGGUCAAUCCUCGGCCCCCGGGCUUUCAAUCUGUUUACGCCACUCGCUUGAUGUACGGGGUCGAUUACUUCGCUUUGCACCUGCUCGCGGCGGUUGGAGAUAAUGCGCGCAUUCGGGGGCUCGGACAGUCAUUCUGGGACCGUAUACCCAUCGUCUUUCCUUCAUCAGUUGGUGGUCCGGAAAAAGGAUUCUGGUGCAGCAUCGUGUUUAUUACCGGGAAUAAAGGUGGAAUAUGUGACUCCACAGAUCCGGUUUCAGAUUUACUCGCACGAUCGCCUUCCCUGAAACCGUUUAUCUCGACCGGUAUGUCAUUUUUCAAGAAAGGCGAUGAGAUUCCGCAUGCGACGCCAGAAAGACUGGUGUUUCUGGGGUUCUUCUUGGUGUUGUCAUGGUCAGCACGUACGGAUAUAAUAGAUGUGGCACAACAGAUUCGGAAGGAGUUUCGGAUGGCCAUCAUUUGAAAAAUCGUG